ACUGUUUUUAAUUCUCCACGGCUCCCUUCCACUCCAUCCACUCUUCUCUAAAGCGCUCUCUCCCUCUCGUCACCGCUACUACUAGUGUACAGUGCCACUGCGAGCUCUCCUCUCCGCCCCCGAUCUGGUCGCCUCGCUCGCCUCAAACCCUAGAGCUCCAUCCACCGGCGAGCCCUCUUGGGCGGAGGUGCUUCAUUGCUGCUGCUGCUGCCAUGGACCCCGCCCCCACGCUCGCCGCCGAGCUCUGGCGAACGCCGUACCUCGGUGGCGGUGGUGGUGGAGGAGGAGGAGGGCGUGGGUUGGAGGCGGCGGCGUCCGGGGUCACGGAGCAGAGCAAUGGGAGCCGCGGGGGUGGCGGAGGAGGAGGCGCAGGGCGGAGGAGGCAGCGGGAGGCCCCCGCGCUCGAGGACGACUCGUCCAGGAUCGUCUCCACUUCCGGAGGAGGAGGCGGCGGUCAGGAUUUGACUGAUUCAGAAGCAAAGCGUUUCAAGGCAAGUAAAUCAAGUGGAGAUAAUAGCAGUUUAAGAACAGAGGCUGAAACUGAUUCAAGAAAUGCUAGCAAGUCUGGUGAUCAAAAUCCGCCACCACCAGAACCACCAAAGCAAGACUACAUCCAUGUGAGGGCAAGAAGGGGUCAAGCUACUGACAGCCAUAGCCUUGCCGAAAGGGCACGUCGUGAGAAAAUAAGUGAGCGGAUGAAAAUUCUCCAGGAUCUUGUCCCUGGAUGCAACAAGGUUAUUGGGAAAGCAUCAGUACUUGAUGAGAUAAUUAAUUAUAUCCAGGCUUUGCAACGGCAAGUUGAGUUUUUGUCCAUGAAGCUUGAGGCUGUUAAUGCUCAUGUGAAUAAUGGAAUCGAAGCAUUUCCACCCAAAGAUUUUGGUGCUCAGGUAUACAACACGGCUCCUGGAUUGACGUUUGAUCCACAAACACCAAGAGAAUACGCCCAGGGAUCAACACCAUCGGAAUGGCUCCACAUGCAGAUUGGUGGCACCUAUGAAAGAGUGACAUGAACAGAACAAAGUCAGGAUGGUGGCCCAAAAUAAAGCAUACCAUGAGUUCAGUCAGAAACCACGGCUUUAGAUUAUUUUUCGAAACUCUCGUGCUCCAAAUUCGAUUUCAUUCAUAGCAUGGAGCUCAUGUAUUUAGAGACUGCGAGCACAGUAUUUUUACAUCUGUACCGGGAUACAAUUCUCAUCAGAUUCAUGUAUUCCACGGAAUUUCGGCAGGUCACGCUCAUUCGUAGCAUGAAAGAAAAGUAAUAACCAUCAAUAAUUCUCUUGCUAUAAA